UGCUCCUCGGUCUGGAGCUUCCGAGAGGGAGUGAACAGAACACGGCCCGUCCCUCUUGGCAGAGAUGGGUCAGUCCCCCGCUGUUCGGUCUCCAGGGGGAGUGGCCUUCUUCCCGACUUUGAGUGCGGGGGCGUCCGGUGGUUGGAGAUCCGUCGGGCACUAGGACCCAGCGGGGCGGAGGGGCAGCCCAUGUGCUCCGUGUUCUCCCUCCCACCUCCUGCUCCAGCUCCCGCUCCAUUGUCUGGGAACUGCAGCCGCGGGCGGGCGGCCGGGCAGGCGGCUGCUGGGACUCAGCCGGCCAGAGAGGGCCGGCGCCGAGCGGGCGCGGGAGAUGCCCGGCGGCCCGCGGCCACCUGAGCCGCCCGCCUAGACCCCGCCUGCGGUGGGAAGGAUGUGCGCCCUGAUGGCGAAGCGCGCAGCAGCGGCUCCCCGGGGGCCCUGCGGCCCCUGGCUCUGCUUCCUGGUGGCCCUCGCCCUGGACGUCCUGAGAGUGGACUGUGACCAGGACCCCCUGGACCCUGUCUACCUGCCAGCAGCCCUGGAGCUCCUGGAUGCCCCUGAACACUUCCGUGUGCAGCAGGUGGGCCGCUACCCACCUGCCAACUCCUCUAUGGGUUCCCGAUCUGAGACCUUUCUGCUCCUGCAGCCCUGGCCCAGGGCCCAGCCACUUCUCCGGGCCGCCUACCCACCCUUUGCCACUCAGCAGGUUGUCCCUCCUCGGGUCACUGAACCCCACCAACGGCCAGUCCCAUGGGACGUGCGGGCCGUGUCUGUGGAAGCAGCCGUGACGCCAGCAGAGCCCCACGCCCGGGUCCUCUUCCACCUCAAAGGGCAGGAUUGGCCACCUGGGCCUGGCAGCCUGCCUUGUGCCCGGCUCCAUGCCACACACCCUGCAGGCACUGCUCACCGAGCCUGCCGAUUCCAGCCAUCCCUGGGUGCCUGCGUGGUGGAGAUGGAAUUCCCGUCGCACUGGUUCUCCCAAGGCUCCAUCACACGGGCCGAGCUGGCCUACACGCUGGAGCCUGCCGCCGAGGGCCCUGGAGGCUGUGGCCCUGGUGGGGAACAGGACCCUGGCGAACAGGCCCUCCCAGUGGGCAGUGUGGAGCUGCGACCCGCAGACCCACCGCAGUACCAGGAGGUUCCCUUAGAUGAGGCAGUGACUCUGCGGGUGCCUGAUGUGCCUGUGCGGCCCGGCCAGCUUUUCAGUGCCACCCUCUUGCUUCGGCACAACUUCACAGCCAGCGUCCUGACCCUGCGGAUCAAGGUGAAGAAGGGGCUGCACGUGACGGCUGCCCGCCCAGCCCAGCCCACCCUCUGGACUGCCAAGCUGGACCGCUUCAAGGGCUCCAAGCACCACACCACCCUCAUCACCUGCCACCGAGCCGGGCCCACGGGGCAAGACGCCAGCCCCCUUGAACUGUCUGAGUUCCUAUGGGUGGACUUUUUGGUGGACAAUGGCACCAGUGGGGGUGUGGCAGUCACUCGCCCUGUCACAUGGCAGCUGGAGUAUCCGGGCCAGGCCCCCGAAGCGGAGAAGGACAAAAUGGUGUGGGAGAUCCUGGUAUCAGAGCGGGACAUAAGAGCUCUCAUCCCUCUGGCCAAGGCCGAGGAGCUGGUCAAUACAGCACCACUGACUGGAGUGCCGCGGCAUGUCCCCGUGCGCCUUGUCACCGUGGACAGUGGGGGGGCUCUGGUGGAGGUGACAGAGCACAUUGGCUGCGAGUCGGCCAACGCACAGGUCCUGCAGGUGUCCGAGGCCUGUGACGCCGUGUUUGUGGCUGGCAAGGAGAGCCGGGGUGCUCAGGGGGUGAGAGUGGACUUCUGGUGGCGCCGGCUGCGGGCCUCGCUGCGGCUGACGGUGUGGGCCCCGCUGCUGCCCCUCCGCAUCGAGCUGACUGACACCACCCUCGAGCAGGUCCGAGGCUGGAGGGUACCCAGCUCAGCUGACGGGGCGCUAGAGCCUGAGGCUGCUGCAGCAGAGGAGGCGGAGCGGCGAGCCCGCAGUUGCCGUCUGCAGUACCAGCGCGCCAACGUGCGCUUCCUAGUCCCCUUUGCGGCCCACCCGCUGGACGGCGGCCGUCGCCUCACCCACCUGCUCGGCCCCGACUGGCUGCUGGACGUGUCCCACCUCGUGGCACCCCACGCCCGCGUGCAAGACCCUCGUGUAGCCUCGCUGGAGGGCGGCCACGUCCUGGUGGGCCGAGAGCCCGGCGUCACCUCUAUUGAGGUGCGUUCCCCGCUCUCUGACUCCAUCCUGGGGGAGCAGGCACUGGCCGUGACAGAUGACAAGGUCUCAGUGCUGGAGCUUCGGGUGCAGCCAGUAAUGGGCAUCUCGCUGGCCCUCAGCCGGGGCACUGCCCACCCCGGAGAGGUCACAGCCACGUGCUGGGCACAGUCAGCCUUUCCCGCCCCAAAGCAGGAGGUGGCCCUCUCCCUGUGGCUGUCCUUCUCUGACCACACCCUGGCCCCCGCUGAGCUCUACGACCAUCGUGACCUGGGACUCUCCGUUUCGGCCGAGGAGCCUGGCGCCGUCCUGCCAGCCGAGGGUCAGGGUGCCCAGCUCGGGGUGGUGGUGAGUGGGGCGGGCCCCGAGGGGCUGCCCCUGCAUGUGUCUCUGCACCCACCUGAGCCCUGCCGCCGGGGCCGUCACCGUGUGCCCCUGGCCUCUGGCACAGCCUGGCUAGGGCUGCCUCCUGCUCCCACGCCGGCCCCUGCCCUCCCAUCCAGCCUUGCCCGGAGCUCACCAGCCAUGGAGACCAGCAUAAGUGGUGAAGGGCAGGCAGCAGGCAGUGUGGGGGGCAGUGGGGGUGUGAGGGACAAGUUUGAGCGGGCAGAGGAGGAGGCUGGGAAGGAGGCGGCAGAGGCUACGGAAGAGGAAGAGGAAGAGGAGGAGAUGGUCCCCGCCCCUCAGCGGGUCACCAACCUAGAACUAGGCAUGUAUGCCCUGCUGGGCAUCUUCUGUCUGGCCAUCCUCAUCUUCCUGGUCAAUGGUGUGGUCUUCGUGCUGCGCUAUCAGCGCAAGGAGCCUCCUGACAGUGCCAAUGACCCUGCCUCGCCCCAGCCCCACAACUGGGUCUGGCUGGGCACUGAUCAGGAGGAACUGAGCCGCCAGCUGGACCGGCAGUCCCCUGGCCUGCCCAAGGGGGAGAGGAGCUGCCCCUGUGGAAGUGGGGGAGGGGAGGCCCAGACCGUGGCGACAGUACCUGCUGGGGGCACCGCCAGCUCCCCGAGCACCCUGGCCCGAAAGGAAGCUGGGGGGCGGCGGAAGCGUGUUGAGUUUGUGACGUUUGCACCAGCUCCCCUAGCCCAGCUGCCUGAGGAGCCCGUGGGGGCCCCUGCUGUGCAGUCCAUCCUGGUGGCAGGCGAGGAAGACAUCCGCUGGGUGUGUGAGGACAUGGGGCUGAAGGACCCUGAGGAGCUGCGCAGUUACAUGGAGAGGAUCCGGGGCAGCUCCUGACCCCUCCUGGCCUGCCUGGCCCAGCCUUGUUGGCCUCGGGCAGCCGCCUGCUCAUCCUCUGGUGCUUGUUGAUCCAAGUCCCCUGCCUGGUCCCUCGCAAGGACUCCCACCCAGGCCCCCUCUGCCCUGCCCCUUGUCAUGGACCAUGGUCAUAAGAAACGGCUCAUGCCCCUUAUUUAUGGGAACCAUUUCAUUCUAACGUUGGGUACAGAAUAAACCAAGAAGGAAACGCCA